CCAGCGCUGCCCCAGUCCAGCGGCGCUGGCCGGGAGGAGAGCUUGCCCUUCAUGCUGGACCUGCAGAGCUUGCCCGGGCUGGCCAACAUGGACCUGAACGCCCAGAACCCCAACAUCCAGGUGACUAUCGAAGUGGUGGAUGAUCCUCAGGCUGAGAUGGAGAUGGACUUGUUGAAGGAGAUGAGCAACGACUGGUCCCUGAUGUCCUCUGAGUGGUUGUCCCACAAGGACCUCUUCUGGCCUCUUUUUUGGGAGUACACUGACCCCACUGAGGAGGAGGAGGAGCAAGAAGAGGAGGAGGAGGAAGAGGAAGAUGACAACCUGGAUGUAGGGGACAGGGAGGAGGAAGAAGAGGAGGAGGAGGAAGAUUACACAGCAGAGUAUGAGGAGGAGGAGUCCAUGCUCAGUGGAGUGGGAAGUGACUGGGACCAGCAGUGGCCUGGGCAGAAGAACUGGGUCUUUAAGGAAAAAUAUAAUUAUGAGUACGAAGAUGAAGAGGAGUGGAGCCCAUGGUCCCCUUGCAGCAUUACCUGUGGCAGUGGCAACCAGAAGAGGACUCGGUCCUGUGUAAGCCCGCCCAGUGACCUGCCACGCUGCUCUGGAGCAGAGGGGGAAAUGGUCUUCCCCACAGAGGAGACACCAUUCAAAAGUGACAACACCACAGAACUGUUCAACUCAGAGGUGGACAGCUGUGAGAAGUGGCUGAACUGCAAGAGUGAUUUCCUCACCAAGUACCUGAGCAAAGUGCUGACAGACCUGGACCCCCUGCAAAUCUACAAGCCGACAGCACGCUUCUGCCUGCGCUCCAUGCUCUCGCUCGACAGCACCACCCUGGCUGCCCAGCACUGCUGCUACGAUGAGCACACCCGCCUCAUCACCCGUGGCAAGGGGGCUGGCGUCCCCAACCUUAUCAGCACUGAGUUCUCCCCGGAGCUGCACUACAAGGUGGACAUGCUGCCCUGGAUCCUCUGCAAGGGCGACUGGAGCCGCUACCAUGCUGUCCGGCCCCCCAACAAUGGGCGACGGUGUGCUGACAACCCCACCGAGGAGGAGUACCUCUCCCAGCUGCAGGAGGCCAAGGAGUACUAG